AUGCCGGGUUAUAGGUCAUGCCGGGUCAUCGAAGCCGAUAUUUCUCCGGCCGCACCUGCACCAGCAAAAAGAAGCAAAAUCUCCCUUGAACAACUUCAGAAGAUGCAGUAUGAGGUCUUGUGCUGUCAGAAAAAAAACUUUGAACUACAGAACAUGAAACUCGUCAAAGACCUGGAACGGACAGACCUCGAGAAGCAGAACAUCGAGCUACAGAACACCAAGCUGGCGCUACAGAUCGAAUGCCUGAAGCAGACUGUCUCUCAGAAUGAAAGUGCUCUCCUAGCUCUACAAGCUAUCACUGAUGAAUGAAAAUAGCAGUUGUAUAUAAUUUAUACAGUGUUUAAAUAUAAUUAUAUUUAUCAUCUAUAGCUACAU